AUGCUCAGUGACCCCAGCCUUGGCUCAAUUCUGCUCGCGGUUGACGCCCUUGACGAAUGCAUCGUGGACCAAGAGCGCCUCCUCAAACUCAUCGUUCGCACCACCACGUUGUCUCGAGUGAAGUGGGUGGUCUCUAGCCGAAACAAGGAUGAGAUUGCCAAGAGCCUCCAAGUUGAGGCGGGGAUGAAAUUGUCCCUGGAGAUCACAGAGAAUGCACAGCAGGUGGCCUCUGCCGUCAACAGUUUCAUCGAUCACAAAAUGUCAGAGCUACGAUUGAAUGAGAAAAUUUCAAGCCAAGUGCGGGAUGCUAUGAGGGAAAAGGCAGACGGUACAUUUCUCUGGGUCGCCCUCGUUUCUGAAGAGCUCAGGAAAGCAAAAAGUUGGCGCGUGUUGCAAGUCGUUCAGCGCAUUCUUAGUGGCUUAGUCGGUCUCUAUGAUCGCAUGAUCUCCCAAAUCGAGCCAGAAACAGGGGACGAAUGGGAUCUUUGCCGACCUGUACUGGCAACGGUGGUGUUAACAUAUCGACCUCUCGCGCUUGCUGAGCUCGGUAUCCUAUCGGGACUGCCCGCGGAAAUAUCAGACUAUCCGGAACACGUGCGGGACGUCGUCGUCUCCUGCGGCUCCUUCCUCACGGUCAAGGAUGAACAUGUGUAUGUCAUCCACCAGUCAGUGAAGGACUACUUGAUAUCUAGAGCCAGUGUUUUUCCCGGUGGCAAAGAGGAGGUGCACCGGUCUUUAUAUCUCCAGUCAGUCGAGGCCCUAGGCGGCCGACUUCGACGUGAUAUCUAUGGUCUCGCGCAACCCGGUAUACUCAUUGGCGAUAUUGACCCACCGGACCCGGACCCAUUAUCCGCGAUACGCUAUAGGGAUCUCGAUGAUGAGGGUCCAGUUUUCAGCUUCCUCAAGGCCCACUUCCUCCACUGGCUCGAGGCGAACAAAGACACGACUAUCAAGAUCUGGGAUGUGGAAACGCGUAGCGACAUUCAAACGUUGAGAACCUUCAGCCGCAAAAUUCACGCAGUGGUGUUCUCCCAUGAUUCUAAGGAGGUGGCUUCAGCAGAUAGGAAUAUUAUCAAGAUCUGGGAUGUGGCAACAGGCAGACUCGUCAAAUAUUUUGAGGGUCAUGGUUCUACAGCAUUAUCACUAUCAUUCUCACACGAUUCCAAGCAGCUAGCUUCAGGAUACGAGCACAGUCCUAUCAUGGUCUGGAAUGUGGCAACAGGCAGCUAUAUCUAUCUACUUAGGGGCCAUACUCGCCCGGUUACUUUAGUGACGUUUUCACAUGAUUCCAAGCAGCUGGCUUCAGGAUCUUCUGACACUAUCAAGAUCUGGAAUAUGGCAACAGGUAGCAUCAUCUAUACCCUGGGUCAUAGCCAGGUGGUUGCUUCGGUAGCAUUCUCGCAUGAUUCUACCAAGUUGGCUUCAGGAUCCCGUAGGGGCACUAUCAAGAUCUGGGAUGUGGAAACAGGAGGCGACCUUCGUACCUUUGAGGGUCAUCGUGGCCGCGUUAUCUCUGUAGCAUUCUCGCAGGAUUCCAAGCAGGUGUCUUCAGCAUCUGAAGACUGCACUAUCAAAAUCUGGGACUUGGUCACAGUCAGCGACGCUCAUACCUUCAAGGGAAAUGGGGACAAAAUCACAUUUAUGGAACUCUCGCCCGAUUUAACGGGCAGCGACAUUCACACAUUUCAAUGCAAUGACGAGAUUGCCUCAAUGGCAUUAUCGCAUGAUUUAAAUCAGUUGGCGGCUUCAACAUUCCGAGACUCCACUGUCAAGAUCUGGGAUCUGGUGACUGGAAACCAACACCGGCUUCUUGAGGGUGACCGUGAGGAGGUUAGGUCAGUAGCAUUCUCACAUGAUUCCAAGCAACUAGCUUCAGGAUCUAGUGGCGGCUCUAUCAAGAUCUGGGAUAUAGCAACAGGAACUGUCAUUUAUACGCUUGCGGGCCAGGACGGCUUCGCUGUAUCAGUUGCAUUUUCAUACGAUUCCAAGCAGCUAGCCUUGGGAUGUUAUACGGGUACUACCAAGAUCUGGGAUAUAGCAACAGGUAGCGACAUCUGUACCCUUGGAGAUCAUGAGGCAGAAGUUACCUCAGACAAUGGAUCACCUGGAAUGGGUCGCCAGUGCUAUGGCUACCUCGAGAUUACCAGCCGUCUGUGUUCUCAGUGUCGCAAGUGA